CACGGUUACAAAAAUGUUAUAGUUAUAUGUAUAUUAACUAAAAAUAAAAACGUAAUGUGCUUAGUAUUUAGUUUACUAAACAGCACUUUUUUGGAUUCUCUGCAACACUACCGGCAUAACAGUAACAAACGUUUUGUUAUUGUUUUCAAACAAUAGCCACCCAGAGGCUAUCACAGGUGUUUAAUUAUAGGAAUUACUUGACAAUCGCAGCAACAACAACAAAAAACUGACAAUAUGCGCUUGCUAAGCUACACUUUGUUUUUGGUUUACUGCUGCAUGCACUUUGCACAGGCGGCGGCUGCAGCGGCGCCAGCAUCAGCUGAUAACAAGAGUGUGCUGCCUGUGGUGCUCUGGCAUGGCAUGGGCGAUACUUGCUGUUUUAAAUUUAGCCUGGGAUCUAUAAAGAAGCUCAUAGAGGAGCAAACCAACGGCACCUAUGUGCGCUCCUUGAAAAUAGGUGCCAACGUAGUACUGGACUAUGAGAGUGGCUUCUUUAUACAUCCCAAUAAACAGGUGGACUUUGUGUGCAAGCUGCUGGCAGAUGAUGUGCGUCUAUCCAAUGGCUAUAAUGCCAUAGGUUUCUCACAAGGUGGACAAUUUUUACGCGCUGUGGCACAACGCUGUCCCAAUCCGCCCAUGCGCACAUUGAUAAGUUUGGGUGGACAGCAUCAAGGCGUCUACGGACUGCCCAAGUGUCCCACCUUAAGUGUUAGCAGCUGUGAGUAUAUAAGCCAGCUGCUUAAUCAUGCUGCAUAUGAAAGCUGGGUGCAAAAUGAUUUAGUGCAGGCUACUUACUGGCAUGAUCCUUUGCACGAGAGCAAUUAUAAAUUGAAGAGCAGCUUUUUGGCGGACAUCAACAAUGAGCUCUAUAUAAAUGAAGGCUAUGCCGAGAAUCUUAAUAAGCUUAAAAAAUUGGUGCUGGUCAAGUUCUUAAAUGAUACAAUUGUGCAGCCCAAGGAGUCACAAUGGUUUGAAUUCUAUGCUCCGGGUCAGGAUACGCAAAUAUUGCCGCUAAAUCAAAGCAAAGUCUAUAAGAAUCUGCGUUUGGACCAGUUGGCUAAGCAUGGCAAAUUACAGUUUCUAAGCACUGAGGGUGAUCAUUUGGCCAUUUCCAAAGCCUGGUUUAUAGAAAAUUUGGUGCCGCUGCUGCUGGAAGAGUAAAACUAAUAGCAAUAAAAUAAAGUAAUAAAAUUUACUCACAA